CAGGAGGAAACCACCGUGUCCCUCAACACCGUGGACAGCAUUGAGAGCUUUGUGGCAGACAUCAACAGUGGGCACUGGGACACGGUGCUGCAGGCCAUACAGUCACUGAAGCUGCCCGACAAGACUCUCAUCGACCUCUACGAGCAGGUUGUGCUAGAGCUGAUUGAGCUCCGGGAACUGGGUGCUGCUAGGUCUCUGCUGAGGCAAACAGAUCCCAUGAUCAUGCUGAAACAAACCCAGCCAGAGCGGUACAUCCACCUGGAAAACCUCCUGGCCAGAUCUUACUUUGAUCCUCGUGAGGCAUACCCAGAUGGGAGCAGCAAGGAGAAGCGCAGAGCUGCCAUUGCACAAGCCUUAGCUGGAGAGGUCAGCGUGGUACCUCCGUCCCGUCUGAUGGCAUUGCUGGGGCAGGCGCUGAAAUGGCAGCAGCAUCAGGGCCUGCUUCCUCCUGGGAUGACAAUUGACUUGUUCAGAGGCAAAGCAGCUGUGAAAGAUGUAGAAGAGGAGAAGUUCCCCACGCAGCUGAGCAGGCAUAUUAAGUUUGGGCAGAAGUCGCAUGUGGAGUGUGCUCGGUUUUCCCCAGAUGGGCAGUAUCUGGUCACUGGCUCUGUCGAUGGUUUCAUUGAAGUGUGGAACUUCACUACUGGAAAGAUUAGGAAGGAUCUGAAGUACCAGGCACAGGAUAACUUUAUGAUGAUGGAUGAUGCAGUGCUGUGCAUGUGCUUCAGCAGAGACACAGAAAUGCUAGCGACUGGAGCACAGGAUGGGAAGAUCAAGGUGUGGAAAAUCCAGAGUGGUCAGUGUCUGAGAAGAUUUGAACGUGCACACAGUAAAGGUGUCACAUGCCUCAGUUUCUCUAAAGACAGCAGCCAGAUUCUUAGUGCUUCUUUUGAUCAGACAAUCAGGAUUCAUGGUUUAAAAUCUGGGAAAACUUUGAAGGAAUUCCGUGGUCAUUCUUCCUUCGUCAAUGAAGCAACUUUUACCCAGGAUGGCCACUACAUUAUCAGUGCAUCCUCUGAUGGCACAGUGAAG